UAAAUAUUACCACCAGUUCCAUCAUCGGCAUCGUUCAGUUCAGUUUAAGUGGUCUACCAGUGCGGUCCCAUCUUCAACGAUCAAAACCCAGCAACUUUUUUUUUCUACAUCACCACCCCCUAAAAAACCAACUCUAGGAGAGUGAACCAGUUUGGAUCUGCUCCCCAACGAUCUUCGUCUGUGAUAACCGAAUCGCAACCCCCAGGAGUAGUUCCAAAGGGACCAUCCCGAGAAGAAGCAAUACCAAAAACCACCCGUUUAAGUGAUACUUUUCCGUGUUCCAGUUUUCUAAGCUACAAAACCAAAUCAAGUUUUUCCGUUGCACCUUACUUCUCGCAUCGGUUCCGGUGUUUUACGCCACCACCUCCAAAGACAAAAAAAAAUCAACUUUUCACCGAACUUCAAAAAGCAGAACCCGCCCGAGAUGGCACCCACAAUCCACAAGGAGGACAAUUUCUCCACCACCAACCUCAAGUGGAAGAUGACUCUCGUCCAGCCAUCCGGUGAACUGAGCGCCAAGAUCAAGGAGGAGUUGCGCGAGCCAGCAAACCCAGCCGACAUUGAGCGCGACAUCGGCAUCAUCCGCGAAUGGCUCGGCAAGCAGCCCCAUCUGCCAAAGGACAUGGACGAUGCCCGCCUGCGUACCUUCCUGCGUGGUUGCAAGUUCAGCCUGGAGCGCGUCAAGCAGAAGCUGGACAUGUACUACACCAUGCGUAACGCCGUGCCGGAGUUCUUCACCGAUCGCGACGUCAACCGUCCGGAAAUGGGCGAGAUUCUGAACGUCGUUCACAUGCCACCACUGCCAGGACUGACCCCAGCUGGUUGCCGUGUGGUGAUGCUCCGCGGUACCGACAAGGACAUCACCACCCCGAACGUCAUCGAGUCGAUGAAACUGACGCUGAUGAUCGGUGACGUCCGCCUGGCCGAGGAAUCGGUCGGCGUUGCCGGCGAUGUCUACAUCAUGGAUGCCAGCGUGGCCAGCCCAACCCACUUUGCCAAAUUCACGCCCACACUGGUCAAGAAGUUCCUCAUCUGCGUCCAGGAGGCUUACCCAGUUAAACUGAAGGAAGUGCACGUCGUCAACGUUUCGCCAAUCGUUGACACCAUCGUCAACUUCGUCAAGCCCUUCCUGAAGGAGAAGAUCCGCGAGCGUAUCCACAUCCACAGCAGCAUGGAGGACCUGUACAAGUUCGUCCCCAAGGCUAUGCUGCCAACCGAAUACGGUGGCGAUGCUGGAUCCAUCAAGGACCUGAACGAGCAAUGGCGCGCCAAGUUGGGCGAAUACACCGCCUGGUUCAAGGAGCAGGAAGCCAGCAAGGCCAAUGAAUCCCUCAGACCCGGUGCUCCCAAGACCGCCGACGAGCUGUUCGGUAUGGACGGUACCUUCAGACAGCUGACCAUCGAUUAAACAAUCCCCCCAACAUCCCCCCACCGUCCAUUAGUUCAUCCACCGAACUAAGCUCAUCCCGUCCAAGAAACCUCAUCCCGGACCCAAAAAUAACAUCCAAUUAACCAAAACAUUUGCAAAACAUAGAAAAAAAAUCCAAUUAACAAAUCUCAUCUCACCCUUUCACCCCUUCCGCAUAAAUUUCAUCCAAACCUAGUUAGCCAAAUUACUCAAAAUAUACAAUAUAGGACGCUCUAAAAGAACGUUGCUUAAGGAAGAAUCCAAAUUCUCAGUACACGCACAACUUCCAUCGAACCGCAUUUUGGAUGUGUAGAAGCAAAACAUUUUUCGAUUUUUUGAAAAGAAUUAGAUUUCAUACGGGAUCCUAGAUCCCCCGCCCCAGCCGCAGCGUAAUCUCGUCCGGAUGUCCGAGGGCUAGUCCAAAAACCAUUCUCCGGUUUGCAACCGCAUUCUAGAAGGGCGUCCGGUGAGAUCGCAAGAUGGACAAGAAACUACGUUGAUGCGAGAUUGAAGAUUCAAAAUAAAAACUCGGAACGAUACAGACCAUGAUGGAAACCAUUUAGAGCGGUCAGUUUUUGUUGUAUCAGUUUUGUUAUAAAUAUUUUUGUACGUAUUUGCUAUUAAAGACUUUCUUGUUUAAAAGGAAA